GAAAUGCUCCCCAGUGGUCCACAUUGGAAGUCCCAAAUCAUUCCUACGGCACAUCCUACUAAGUCACCCAUAAUUCUCUAUUGGUGUGACCCAUUAGAGUGCAUUACAAGUAUCUUCAACCACCUAUUAUUUCAUGAUCAUAUGGACUUCACACCUCGCAAGGUGUACACCACUGUGGAGAGGCUGUGUCACAUCUAUACUGAAUGGAUGACGGGAAAUGACGCUUGGGACAUGCAAUCAGCAAUACCAAGCGGCACAACUCUUCUUGGCACUAUCCUAUUAUCCGACAAAACAAACAUUACUGCCUUGACAGGUGAUCAUGUAGCUCAUCCACUUCUUAUUAGCUUGGCCAAUAUACAUAUGAAUAUGUGA